AUGACGACGCGGGUCACCUCUCCGCCUCCCGAAAAAUGUUCUGGCGGUGGCGUCGUGGUCAUCUUCCCGGACUGCCGAAGGUCCUCACAGAGAGAACUGGGUAAGGGUUUUGCGGAUUCUGGCAGCGUAGAAGGUCCUCACAGAGAGAACCGGCGAUUCCCUCCACCGCCACUUACACCUCGGUCGCAGCAGAAUUGUAAGGCGCGCUCUUGCUUGCCACCGCUGCAACCGCUGUCUAUCGCUCGGCCACCACCCCGGGAGGGAGAGGUUGAUUUUGUGUACAGGACUUUGUGGCUGCAGGAUAGUCCCUCUGAGGACAUUACUAGUAUCUUCUAUGAUGUGUUUGACUACUUGGAGGACUUUAGGGAACAAGGUGGGAGGGUGUUUGUGCACUGUUGUCAAGGGGUGUCUCGGUCUACAUCUUUGGUGAUUGCUUACCUUAUGUGGAGGGAGGGACAAAGUUUUCAUGAUGCAUUUCAGUUUGUGAAGGCUACAAGAGGGAUUGCUGAUCCGAAUAUGGGGUUCACUUGUCAGUUGUUGUAG